UGUAACAAAGGGCGCUUCCGGUAGAGCCGCUGCAUGGGGUUCUGGGAGCCGCAGGCAAGACAGCCCCCAAGGCCUUGUGGGAGUCCAGUUUCCGGAGCCAUCUCCGUGCCAGAGUUCCGCGUGUAACGCAGUUUGGACAUCCCUGCACCGCAUUCUGCUCAGGAGAAGCCUACCCUUUCCGCCUCGCCCGGACCCCGAGAUGCCAGCCCCACAGUGCGCCUCCUGCAACAAGGCGCGCGCCGCCCUCCGCCGCCCGCGCUCGGGCCAGGCGCUGUGCGGCACCUGCUUCUGCGCCGCCUUCGAGGCCGAGGUGCUGCACACAGUGGUCGCGGGCCGCCUGCUGCCGCCCGGCGCCGUGGUGGCCGUGGGCGCCUCGGGCGGCAAGGACUCCACGGUACUGGCGCACGUGCUGCGCGAGCUGGCCCCGCGCCUGGGCAUCUCGCUGCGCCUCGUGGCCGUGGACGAGGGCAUCGGCGGCUACCGGGACGCGGCGCUGGCGGCCGUGCGGCGCCAGGCGGCGCGCUGGGAGCUCCCGCUCACCGUCGUGGCCUACGCAGACCUCUUCGGGGGCUGGACGAUGGACGCCGUGGCCCGCAGCACAGCCGGCUCCGGCCGCAGCCGCUCCUGCUGCACCUUCUGCGGGGUGCUGCGGCGCCGGGCGCUGGAAGAAGGGGCGCGCCUCGUGGGAGCCACGCACGUUGUGACAGAAUCCAACCCCAACCCCCAGAAUGUUCCUCCUGCUGACAGCACUUCAGAUCUUGGCUGUAGCCCUGGCACAGAGCCAAGGGAACGAGAACAAGAUAAUUGGUGGCUACACCUGCACCCGGAACUCCCAGCCGUGGCAGGCGGCCCUGCUGACAGGCCCCUCGCGUCGCUUCCUCUGUGGAGGGGUCCUGCUGUCCGACCAGUGGGCCAUCACUGCUGCUCACUGCGCCCGCCCGACACUUCGAGUAGCCCUGGGCAAGCACAACCUGCGCGGCUGGGAGGCCACACAGCAGGUGCUGCACGUGGUUCGCCAGGUGCGCCACCCCCAGUACAACUCCCGGACCAACGAGAACGACCUGAUGCUGCUGCGGCUGGAGCGGCCCGUGCGGCUGGGGAGGGCGGUGCAGCCGAUCGCCACCGCCAGCUCCUGUGCCAGCCCGGAGACUCCCUGCCUUGUGUCGGGCUGGGGCACCAUUUCCAGUCCUACCAAGGUGUCAGCAGGCCUACCCUGGAGCCAUCACUGCUGGCAUGGUCUGUGCAGGGGUCCCCCAAGGAGGGAAGGACUCUUGUCAGGGUGACUCCGGGGGACCCCUGGUGUGCAGAGGACAGCUCCAGGGCCUCGUGUCCUGGGGGAUGGAGCACUGUGCCCAGCCUGGCUUCCCCGGCGUCUACACCAACCUGUGCAAGUACCACACCUGGAUCCAGGAAACCAUGCGGAGCAGUUCAUAGCCGGUAUUGUUCUAGGAACAAAGCAGAUAAUAUUGUUGCCCUCGGAGAACUCACUUCUAGAGGAGAGUCAAACAAGAAACAAAUGGGCUCUGAGCGCCCUGCCCUCCACCUCAGAGUCGCCAUGUGGCCCCUGGCCGCUGUGACUGCCUUCCUGACCGCGGCCUUGUCAGGAGGCAUCCCUCGGGAGUAUCCCAAGAUUCUCAACGGCACCAACGGGACCAAUGGGUUUCUCCAGGGUGGCUACACCUGCCUCCCCCACUCUCAGCCUUGGCAGGCAGCCCUGCUAGUGCAAGGGCGGCUGCUCUGUGGGGGAGUCCUGGUCCACCCCAGAUGGGUCCUCACUGCAGCACACUGUCUAAAGGAGGGAUACACAGUAUACCUGGGCAAGCAUGCCCUGGGGUGUGUGGAGGCUGGAGAGCAGGUGAGGGAGGUAGUUCGAUCUAUCCCCCACCCUCACUACCAAAUCAGCCCCACCCACCUGAACCAUGACCAUGACAUCAUGCUUCUGGAACUGCAGUCCUCCGUCCAGCUCACCAGCCACAUCCAAACCCUGCCCCUCUCCCACGAUGACUGCCUCCCUCCUGGCACCAGCUGCCUGGUGUCUGGUUGGGGUACCACCACCAGCCCCCAGGUGACUUACCCCCAAACCCUCCAGUGUGCCAACAUCCAGCUACGAUCAGAUAAAGAGUGUCGUCAAGCCUACCCGGGGAAGAUCACACCCAACAUGCUCUGUGCUGGCACAGAAGAGGGUGGCAAGGACUCCUGUGAGGGUGACUCCGGGGGUCCCCUGAUGUGUAAUGGAACACUCCAUGGCAUCAUCUCCUGGGGAGACUUCCCAUGCGGGCAGCCCAACCGGCCUGGCGUCUACACCCGAGUCUCUCAGUAUGUUCCAUGGAUCCACAAAACAAUCCGAGAACGGAAAACCCAGGAGCAGAAAUGGACGAGGGGCCCACAAUGAAAGUCGGGUUGGCUUACCUGCCUUCUUACUUGGUUUGUCCAACGCUGCUCUGUCCCUCCCAAAGUUCUCCACUUGAACCAGUGAUCCACGUUCUCAAAAUGCCCAAUUCCAGCGGACAUUAGCUGUUUCAAAAGCAUUUAGUUACUUUCAGCAUCAUCGUCUCCCAGACAUUGCAUCCCUGCAACAUCCCAGUCCCCUGAACGUCCCAACCCAGACAAUGUUCCAGGUCUCCCAACUGUUUCAACAUAAACCUGGAUCACCGACUGAAUAUUCUACCUGUGGAACUCUCUUAAAUACCUCCAUCAGCCCAUCUCAACAAGAGUCUAUGUUCCGUGAAUGCAAUGUCCUCGACGACAUCCUAUACCCCUUCAAAUAUUUAUUCAUUGCCAAUAUUCUAGAUCCUUCUAUGUUUUGUACUCAAGAAGGUUCUAGACUCCCAUGACGUUUCUUCCUGAAAAUAUUCUCUUGUGUGUAUAGUCGUCUACCCCGACAACACUGUAUGCACCUCUGAUUUGUCAUGGCCAACACUGGGUCCUCACAAUGGUUCAUUCUUUCAAAUGAACCCAGGAAAUUCCUGGGGACAUUUCUGGAUCUCCCAAAUUGUCCCAUUCCCACCUACAUUCCACAUUCUGCCAAUAUUCCCUGUCUCUGAAUCUCCUUGCUCACUAAACAUCAACACACUCUAAACUCCAGGGUGAUGGGGUUUGCAUCCCAAGUGGCACGGAGUAUCUGUCCCUCCAUGCCUAGAACCUCUUGUCCACCAAGUAUUCUGUACUUUUAUCCAAAGCAUCCUUGUUCAAUGCCCCGUGCUGUUACAUAUUUGUCUAUGACCCCAAACUGCUGUGGUUAAAUACUCAGCCACAGGAAUCCUUGCUUUGAAUAAGUCAUAAAACUCACAACCUCUGUUUCUUCAUCUGUAAAAUGGAGCUCAUAAUUUUCCCCAUAGCAUUGUUAUGAGGAUAAAUGUUAAGCACUUACCACUGUUAAUAUUUCUGUGGUUCCCUAUAAAAUACUACCUUAGGCUAUU